AACAGACAAUUCCACAAACUAAUCUAGAGCUUUUUUAUCCUUGGCCAGGAUAAGGUCGAAAAAUAUUCAUGUACGAGUUGGGAGUGGAGCAGAUUAACUGCAACGGCAGACUCAUCGACUUGCCCAGCUUGGAGGUGGUGCGUCCAGCUCCCAAAAUGCCCAGCGAUGCUAACAUUGAUUGGCUGCUCCACAUUUAUUUUACUCGCCGCGAGUUCACGCGCUGCCGUCGCCUCAUCGAACGUGAGCUGAAUCGACAUCUGAAUCCCGAGUACCUGUACUUUGUCCAGGGCCUAAUUGACCGCGAAGAGGGCAAUAACAUCGAGGCACUGCGCCACCUGCAGAAAUCCGUGGAGCUCAAUCCGCGAAAUAUUGAGACUUAUAAGGAAAUCGGAAGGACGUUAUACCUUAUGGGACGAUUCAGUCAGGCUUUGGGCGUUUUUCGAGAGGCUGAGCAAAGGAGUAGCAUAAAGGACCAUGAAAUAUAUCACUAUUUGGGCGAGCUACUGUACAGAGCGGCCACAACCCAAACUCAGUCGGAAUUGGCACGGCAGCAGCAGGAUGAGUCUCGGUCGUAUUUCGAGCUUGCCGUACAAACUGGCCGGAAACAGGAGAGCUAUGUCCGCCUAGCCGAACUGUAUCGAAAGGACAAACAGUACCAAAAGGCCAUUGAAGUGCUGGAAAAUUGCCUGCAUUUGACGCCCGAGAACUCAGAGGUGCUGAUUGAAAUCAGUGUUUUGUACCUGAAAAUCAAUGAGACCCAAAAGGCCCAUGAUCGUCUGGCGGAAGUCGUCGGCAUUGAGCGGAAAUGCUCGCCCAAGGGCUUGUUGGCAUUUGGUGCCAUUCUGCAGUCUCGCAACGAUGUGGAUGGGGCCCUCAGCAAAUAUAGCCAAAUCGCAAACGCUGAGCCGGAAAUUGCCGAGCUGUGGAACAACAUUGGAUUGUGUUUUUUCAAAAAGCAAAAGUUCAUUGUGGCCAUUUCAUCGCUUCGUAAAUCUGUUUGGCUCUCCCCGCUGAAUUACAAUGCCCUCUACAAUCUGAGUUUAAUAUAUAUUGCCUCUGAACAAUACGCCAGUGCCUUCCACACUCUCGCCGCAGCCAUAAACCUGCGCAAGGAUAAUGCCGAGUGCUACAUGCUCCUGGGCUUGUGUUUACGUAAGCUGGACGACAUGGAAAAUGCCUUCGUGGCCCUCGAGCGGGCCAGCAGCAUGUCGGUGGGUCCUCAGGGCGGCGGACGGAAUCCCCUGGUGGUGCUGAACUUUGCCCUCUUCUGCUACGAAACAGGUCGAUUGGCAAUGGCCACCGAACAGUACAACCGGUUCAUGAGCCAGGCCCAGGAUCUUUUGUUGCCCACGGAAUACAAAUUCCAAGCGACCAAAUUGAAAUCCCUGCUGCGAAUCUCGAGCCAGGGCAAUGGUAUACUCCUUGAUCCGAUGGAUUCCGAGGAAUCCGAUUUGGGACGAAGUCGUACAACAGAUUUGCCGCCCGACGAGCUGCCCCUGGAGGUGAACGCUGUUGUUAGCCAGAACUAACAUUGAAUUAUUAAUGGUAAUGGACAAUAGACAAGCCACCACGAAUUUGAAUGUAACGCACAUCAAACAUUUAUUUGAACGUGUUCACAAACUUAUUUAUAAAUCGUAAUAUAUAUAAGCAGCUUAUGUGGUAACCAAUGUAAAAUUCAUUGGCACUCGGCUUCUUAAUCAGAGUUCUCAAAAGAAUAAUCAAAACAGCACUUGAUGUUUCCAGUUAGGAGGAGAGAACUACUCGGGGCUCGCGGAGUAC